ACGCGCAAUGCCGUGCCAUUGUGCAGCAUUUGGUUGCACGAAUCGUCGAGGAAGAUGCCCGAACACAAUAACAUUUCAUCGGUUUCCAAAAGAUGAGAACCUGAGGUUACUGUGGGCAAAGGCAAUGAAUCGAGUGAAGAAGAAAGGRUGGUUGUGGCAGCCAGGGAGAGGGAACUACUUGUGCUCUGAACACUUUAAACCUGAAGACUUUGACAGAACAGGCCAGACAACAAGGCUGCGCCAAAAUACUGUGCCAUCUGUGUUUCAGUUUCCUCCACACUUGCAGAAGAAAACUCCAAAAAAGAGAACCUCGUUGAACAGCACUAUUGGCAGGCUGCAGGCACGUGAUAAUACAUCACCAUCAUCACAAUCUAAUCAAACAUUUGCUGACCAGUCUAGGUCUGUGGCACAGAAGAACACUGCACCACAGAGAAUUUCAUUGAACAACACUAUUGGCAGACUGCAGGCAGACGUUCCAUCACAAUCUAGACAUCAGACAUUGGCCGACCACCGUAAAUCUGUGGCGCAGGAUCAUGCUUACCAGCUGCCAGACGCUGCAGACUUAAAACUCCGACUUGAAAAAGCCAACCUUAUGCGACAACACCUGGAGAAAGAAUUAAGAAACGCAAGGCGACGCGAGAAGAGAUGUAACCGUUGAAUCGCAGGAGAAAGAUGUCAUCACUGAAGACUUCAGAGCAAAGCUAGAAUCACUUGCAGGUGGAUUCACAUUUGAUGCCAAGAUUCUACUCUGAGGAGACGAUGAAGAGGAGCGAUGACGCCUGGGGGGAGACCUGAACAAAGAACACAAAGACAGCUGCAGGACGGGUUAUCAAGACUAAUGAGAGAUCAAACUGUUUUUAUUUUUUGGUCCAAAUUGUUUACAGUUGGAUUGUUUUCUAAAGAUGAAGACAAAAAAGGGAUAAAAUCUUUUGCUUUGACAAUUAAACUUUCAUUUACCCUAACAUUUAGGAGAUGAAAGUUAGUAUUGAGUUUGUGUUUAAGCAAUCACAUUUUCCAGUGAUAAAAAGAAAGCAAACAGGAAGUGAUGACCGUACCUUGAA